UAAUUUUGUUUUUUUAAUGUAAUAUUAGUUUUUUAAUGUAUUAGAAUAUUAAUUAUUAAAUAUUUAUUGUGCACCAAUAUUUAUAUUCUAUUUAUUAGUUUUUAACGUAAGCAACAUUGUCCCUGACAACCAGACUGACAAGAUAGGUGCAACUUGUUAGAUGAAUUUAGUAAUGUGAUAAAAUGCGAAAUUAUUUAUACUGCGACGUAGAUGUCAUUUAUAAUGUUAACAUAAAAAUAUGAGUACUGAGGACAGCCCCUUACAUUAUUCAUGGAUAAUAUCAAAAAGAAAAAUAGUGUUAAGUUGAAGAGAAAGUGUCGUGAAAUCGGACAGUCGUCGCCUUCAAUGAUGUGGAAGAGGUCGAUUGUGCAAGCGACGACUGGGUGCGCGCGCGCCACCGCGGCCCUGGCCAUGCUGCUCGCUGUAUUCGCGAGUACAUGGCGGGGCGGCGCAUGUGCAGACCUGGUGAUUGAGAUCCCAGGCUCGGUGGGCGGGGAGGCGGAGGCCGACGGCGGCCGCUACCGGCUGGACUACCGGCCGCCGCACGGCACGCCCCCGCCCAACUUCACGGUGCCGGCGCGCGCCAACACCAUCAACUUCCAGGGCCUGCCGGGCACCAAGUACCACUUCAUGCUCUACUACUCCAACGCCACAUUCGCCGACCUCUUGACAUGGAACCAAACUAUCAUUACUGCACCGGAGCCGCCUACAAAUUUGACGGUGACGCUAGGGCGCAACAAACAAGCGUACAUAUCCUGGUCGCCACCGGCGCACGGUGACUAUACCGGAUUUAGAUUUAAGGUGAUCCCGCUGACGGAGCGCGCGGAGGGCGGCGCGCAGAACUUCAGCGUGGAGCGCUCCGCCUGGAACCACACGCUGCGCGAGCUGUCGCCCGGCGCCACCUACCAGCUGCACGCCUUCACGCUGCUGCACGACAAGGAGAGCGCCGCCUACGCCUCGCGCAACUUCACCACCAAGCCGAACACGCCGGGCAAGUUCAUCGUGUGGUUCCGCAACGAGACCACGCUGCUGGUGCUCUGGCAGCCGCCCUACCCGCCCGGCGCCUACACGCACUACAAGGUGUCCAUCGUGCCGCCCGACGCGCGCGACUCGGAGCUGUACGUGGAGAAGGAGGGCGAGCCGCCGGGCCCGGCGCAGGCCGCCUUCAAGGGGCUGGUGCCGGGCCGCGCCUACAACAUCUCCGUGCAGACCGUGUCGGAGCCCGAGAUCUCGGCGCCCACCACGGCGCAGUACCGCACCGUGCCGCUGCGCCCGCGCAACGUCACCGUGCCGCUCGCAGACCUCAAGGAGACCUCCUUCAAGGUCACCUGGCUGCCGCCGCUGGAGGAGAGCGAGUUCGAGAAGUACCAGGUGUCGGUGAGCGGCAGCGGCGGCGGCGGGCGGCGCCUGGCGCCCGUGGUGCGCGCGCGCAACGACACGCCCGCCUGCGCCUUCGACGGGCUGGAGCCGGGCGCGCCCUACACCGUCACCGUCAAGACCAUGUCCGGCAAGGUCACGUCCUGGCCCGCCGCCACCGACCUCACGCUCAAGCCGCUGCCGGUGCGGGACCUGGCGUGGCGCCACGCGGCCGACGGCGCCGUCGACCUGUGGUGGGCGCCGGCGCCCGCCAGCACGCAGGACGAGUACAAGGUGUCGUACCACGAGGCGGGCCCGUCGCGCGACGACAGCAACACGCUGAGCACGACGGAGCCGCGCGUGACGCUGCGCGCGCUGCUGGCCGGGCGCAACUACAGCGUGUGGGUGGCCGCCGUGUCGCGCGGCGUGGCGGCCGAGCCGCGCGCCGCCGCGCUGGCCACGCGCCCGCUGGCGCCCGUGCUGCUGGCCGCGCGCGCCAGCGACUCCGACCUGCGCCUGUCCUGGCGCUCCGACGUCAACUCGCGCCAGGACGGCUACGAGCUCAGCUACCGCCGCGCCGCGCCGCCCGACGCAGCGACCGACGCCGCGCCCGCCGCUGACGCAGUCUACCACAAGUUGGAGACGAAGGAGACGAGCGCGACGCUGUCGGAGCUGUUCCCGGGCGCCGUGUACGAGAUCCAGCUGGCGGCCGUGAGCCACGGGCUGCGCAGCGAGCGCCUGCUGCUGCGGCGCGGCGUGCGGCCGCGGCCCGCGCUGUGGCUGCGCCUGGCGCGCGCCACGUCCAACUCCGUGCUGGUGAGCUGGGCCGGCCCGCCGCGCCGCGCCUCCGCGCUGGGCGGCUUCGUGCUGCGCUACCGCACGGCCGCCGAGCCGCGCUGGACCGCGCUGCCGCCGCUGGCGCCCGACGCCGACCGCGCCGAGAUCCCCAACAUGACGCACGGCGAGCACUACAUCAUCGAGCUGGACACGCUGGGCGAGCCCGCCGACGGCGACGCCGUGGAGAGCGACCGCCCGCUGCGGGAGGAGCACACCGUCCGGCCCAACCCGGUGAGCAACGUGGAGCAGCUGGUGGACACGCGCAACAUGACGCUGGAGUGGCCCGUGCCGGGCGGCCGCGUGGAGUGGUACUCGCUGCACUGGCGCCCCGUGGGGCCCGGCGCCGCCGCCGGCGACCGCAACCUCAGCGCGCCGGCCGGGCCCCGCGCGCGCGCCGCGCUGGACGGCCUGCAGCCGGGCCGCGCCUACACCGUGUCCAUCGCCGCGCACUCCCACAACCUCAGCUCCGACGUCUUCACCAUGGACACGCGCACCCGUCCGCUCAUCCAGUCCGAGAUGACCAUCGUCAACGAGCCCGGCACGGACGACGACAACGACACCGCCUCCACUACGCUCAAAGUGAUCUACACGCGCACGCCGGGCUCCGCGUCGCAGUUCGACUCGUACCGGUUCCAGCUGGAGGGCGCCGGCGCCGAGCCGCGCUGGGCCACGCGGCCCGCAGACGCCGAGGGCCAGGCCGUGGAGUUCUCGGGGCUCGUGCCGGGCCGCCUGUACAACGUCACCAUGUGGACCGUCUCGCACAACGUCACCUCGCACCCCGUGCAGCGCCAGGCGCGACUCUUUCCCCGGCCCAUAACGAAGCUGAACGCGACGGAGGUCGGCGCGCGUGAGAUAACGCUGGCGUGGGACAAGCCGGUGGGCGACUACACGGACUUCGAGGUCCAGUACCUCACCGACGUGGACCAGCUGCAGACGCUCACCACGGAGGAGCUCGGCAUCAAGGUGGAGUCGCUGCGGCCGCACAGCGUGUACACGUUCACGGUGGUGGUGGUGGCGGGGCGCGGCGGCGCGCUGCGGCUGACGUCGCGCGGCCGGUCCGCCGACGUGCGCACGCUGCAGGCGCCGCCGCCCGCGCCGCGCGACUUCCGCGUCACGCGCGCGCUGCCCGCCGAGCUGCGCCUGGCCUGGGACCUGGCGCCGCACGACGCCAACGGCGACCUGCGCCGCUUCCUGCUGGACUAUGCGCCGCAGGCCGAGCCCGACCGCGUCACCACGAUCGAGUUCCCGCCCGACGCGCGCUCGGGCGUGGUGUCGGGGCUGGUGCCGGGCGCGGCGUACGUGGUGCGCGUGCGCGCGGAGACGGGCGCGGGCGCGGGCCCGGCGGCGCAGCUGGUGCAGCACAUGGCCAUCGGCGCGCCGCCGCGCCCGCCCGCCGCCGCCACGCCGCGCGAGCUGCGCCGCUCGUCGUCCACCGUGGCCGUGCGCUUCCGCGCCGACUACUUCUCGGCCGCCAACGGGAACGUCACGGCCUACACGCUGGUGCUGGGCGAGGAGCCGCGCAACGACACGCCGGCGCGCCUGCCCUCGUGGCGCGACGUGCACGCGCUGCCCGCCUGGCCGCCCUACCAGGUCACGGAGCCCUACUACCCCUUCCACUCGUCGCCCGUCGAGGAGUUCACCAUCGGCUCGGAGCGCUGCGACGCGGGCGGCCGCGCCUACUGCAACGGCCCGCUGAAGCCCGGCACCAAGUACUACGUGAAGCUGCGCGCCUUCACCGCGCCCGACAAGUUCACCGACACCGGCUACGCCGUCGUCUACACCGAGGUGGACAACACGGCGUGGAUCGUGGGCGGCUGCGUGGCGGCGGCGCUGGCGGCGGGCGGCGGCGCGCUGCUGCUGCUGCUGCGGCGGCGCCGCGCCCGCGCCGCGCCCGCCGCGCCCGCCGCCGCCGCCGCGCGCGCCUCGCGCCCCGUGCGCGUCGCCGACUUCAUCGACCACUACCGCCUCAUGUCCGCCGACUCCGACUUCCGGUUCAGCGAGGAGUUCGAGGAGCUGAAGCACGUCGGGCGCGAGCAGCCGUGCUCCGCCGCCGACCUGCCCGUGAACCGGCCCAAGAACCGGUUCACCAACAUCCUGCCGUACGACCACUCGCGCUACAAGCUGCAGCCCGUGGACGACGAGGAGGGCUCGGACUACAUCAACGCCAACUACGUGCCGGGCCACAACUCGCCGCGCGAGUUCAUCGUCACGCAGGGCCCGCUGCACUGCACGCGCGACGACUUCUGGCGCAUGUGCUGGGAGUCGGGCUCGCGCGCCAUCGUCAUGCUGACGCGCUGCGUGGAGAAGGGCCGCGAGAAGUGCGACCGCUACUGGCCCUACGACACGCGGCCCGUGUACUACGGCGACAUCGCCGUCACGGCGCUCAACGAGUCGCGCUACCCCGACUGGACCGUCACCGAGCUCAUGCUGUGCCGCGGCGCCGAGCAGCGCGUGCUCAAGCACUUCCACUUCACCACGUGGCCCGACUUCGGCGUGCCCGACCCGCCCACCACGCUGGCCCGCUUCGUGCGCGCCUUCCGCGAGCGCUGCCCGCCCGACGCGCGGCCCGUCGUGGUCCACUGCAGCGCCGGCGUGGGCCGCUCCGGCACCUUCAUCACGCUGGACACGGCGCUGCAGCAGCUCGCCAGCCACGCCGACUGCAUCGACGUCUUCGGCAUGGUGCACGCCAUGCGGCGCGAGCGGGUCUGGAUGGUGCAGACGGAGCAGCAGUACAUCUGCAUCCACCAGUGCCUCGUGGCCGUGCUGGAGGGCCAGGACCUGGCCGCGCCGCCGCCGCACCACCACCACAACGCCGCCUUCGAAGACGACGAAGGCAUCGCCGAGUCCGGCAUGUAGGCGCAGCCCGCGCCCCCGGCCUGCGCCCCCGGCCCGCGCCCCACGAUACGCCCCCGGACCGCGCCCCCGCACUACGCCCGGUUGCGGUCGAAAGCGUGCCCGCUCAAUCUGAAACUUAUGUACUUAAAUUAUAUUUUUAUCUCGAUGAAAUCGCUUGUAUACAAGUAGUAUUAAGUUUUUUACAAAAAUAUUUUUAUAUAAAUGUACAUGAAUAAAAUGGACCAAUCGUUAAUUAUUCUAAUAGUUUAAGAUAAAUUAAUAUUUUGUUAUUUUUUUACUUUAUAAUGUAAGGAAAUAGGUCGCGUGUCUCGCUAUAUUAUUAUAUUAGUAUCGUGGCGUCCUGCUCGCAUGCUACACAUGACAACUAUACGUACGUACGUAUCACUUAUCUUUGAAUCUCGAAAUUGUACUUAAACGUUUAACGUAUCUGCUGUAAAUUGCUCAACUCGAUGUGUCGUAUACGAUCUGUGACGAGGUCAGUCACUCGGUGUAACGAUACAGACAUGGCGGAGGCUAGUUGCUGUUGUAUAGUAGUGGACGACGGGCGACGGCCGCGUGCGAUAUUUGUACACGUGUUGCUGUUGUAUAGUAUAGCCCCGGCAUGCCAUGCCAAAGGAUUUUAUUUCCAAUGUUAUUUCAAUGAGUUUAGAAUUCAAGCCGCUUACUCUUGAAACCAUUAUCGAUGUCAAUCCAAUUUCAAACCUAUAAAAUCUUAAUAAUUAUUCAAUGUCAAAACUAUACAACCCCAAUCAUAACUGUAAAAAUAGCAUUCAGAGUAUAUGAUAUAAACCCUAACUCAAUACCCCGGCAAUGGGCGCCAGAGUUGCUACUCAAGAGUAAUUUCACAGUAUCAAUGUCGAUCGAUUGGAUAUGAAUUGAAAAUGUUAACAGUCCCUAAGACAAAUGGGUCACUUUGUGUCCAGGUAUUGUGAUUGCUAAGCUAGCUGACAUUGUAACUUGUACAGCGGUCAUGGCACAGUGAGACAAUAAAGAUUGUCGCGCGGUGGAUUCGAUGGACGCACUAUAAUUGGAUACUUUUAUAACAGACAAACCUAGUACCGACAUAAGUUGCUAGUUAAUCUAAAUAAUUGUGUGUGCUCGUCGAAUAGUUUGUUACGGUCGUCGGUAUUGUAUUAUCACUUUCACGUGAAUUCAAAAUAUUAAGAAAAUAUUUACAUACAUUAUAAAAUAAAAUAUUUUUAAUAAUUCGUUUUAUAUACCUGGCGGGUUUGCCGGAGCUCUGGAUCUAAAAACAGGAAUAGGAACGGGGUGGUUUUUAGUCGGUAAGAGACUGACACUCCCUCUCACCUCGCCCAAGGCGAGAGAAGUCAUUAGAUGAUUUCCCCCCUUUAAAUAAAUAAAUAAAAAAAGCUUUACACAUUCUCCUUAGUUCGUAAAGAUUAUUUUUGUAUUUAAUUGAUGGCACAUAAUUACUUGACGUAUAAGUGACUGUAUUAACUUGUUUUAUUAUACAUAUUAUAAUGAAAAAACAAUGAAAAUAUAAUUCUGUAGUGACUAACAACAUGGCCGCUGCGCCAUGCCGCCCAGUUUGCACUCCGAUCACCUUCAUACGUACUUUAAAUUAUCUACCUCACACCAAAUAUAUCACAUUCUCCUUCCGAACUUUCCUCCCUAGUCUGUCACAUCUAGAAUCCAUACGCAUGUUACCUAUCUGUGAUCAGUAGCGACAGUCAAAUAUACAAGUACCUACUUUAGUAUUAUAAGUAUGACUUGUGGAAGUGUUGGGCAACGCGGCGCGCGGCGCGGUCCAAGUAGCUCGUCCGAGGGGUACAUUCCCGCACCGAACUUUCACUACAUUAUAUUAUUAUGUUGUACAAUUUAAGUCUCAGUGCAUUCUAAAUGCGUCAAACCUGUAUGUUACAUUAUCUGAAUACUAAUAUGAUAUUGAUGCAAUAAAUAGUAAUAGAAUAUUUAGAAUUAAAUAGUUUAUUUUGUAA